GAACUGGAUAACUACUUUCCAAUGGCCUCCUCUUCCUCCCUGGAACUAAGGACCCUUGGCAAUGGGUCCAGGCCCCCCAAGCAAACACUGCCACAAUGGACAUCAGCACCAGAAGGGAAGCCUGGCCCCUCGGCCCUGCAGAGAGAGGGAAUCGACAAUACUUGCUUUUCCGAGGAGGAGGAACAAGAGACCUGUUUCAAGAACCAAGGGGAGGCGAUGCCCGGCAGCUCAUCCAGUCCACAUGGGAUUGGCACCUCACACCCCCAUUCCCGGAGGGACGACCUUUCUCCAAGGUCAGAAGAGGGCUUAGGGGCCGAGACUGCAAGCCACUCAGUGGACUAUGGUUUCAUCUUUGCCUUGGUCUUCUUGGUGAGUGGAAUCCUCUUGGUGGUGGUUGCCUAUGCUAUACCCCGGGAAGCCAGGGUCAACCCAGAUACGGUUUCAGCCCGGGAAAUGGAGAGGUUGGAGAUGUAUUAUGCCCGCCUGGGCUCCCACUUGGACAAGUGUAUCAUUGCUGGCUUGGGCCUCCUCACCCUGGGGGGCAUGCUGCUGUCCAUCCUGUUGAUGGUGUCCCUUGUCAAAGGGGAACUCUACCGGAGGAGGAACUUGGCUGUAGCAAGGGGCCCUCGGAAAACUUAUGGUUCUAUAAACUUGAGGAUGAGGCAACUUAAUGGAGAUGGGGCUCAGGCCCUGGUGGAAAACGAGGUCAUCCAGGUGACAGAGACUCACCCAAUCCAUCCAGGGACCUGCCCUCCCUCAAGUACGUGUGAUGGCACAGCCUGUGGGUAG